GCCAGGGACUGGGAAGACGAAGACGGUUGCAUCCAUGUUAUCUGUCCUCUACAACAUGAAAUGCAGAACCUUAACUUGUGCUCCGACAAACAUUGCAGUCCUAGGAGUUGCAAAGCGGCUGAUGGAAAUUGUAAGGGGCAGUCUUGAAUUUGAUAGUUAUGGUCUUGGAGACAUUGUGGUGUUUGGUAACGGCGAAAGGAUGAAGAUUGAAGAUCACGAGGACCUGUGGGACGUGUUUUUGUCUUAUCGUGUCGAUGCUCUUCUUAGCUGCAUCUCUCCUUUUGUGGGAUGGCAAUCAGGGUUGCUGCAGAUGAUCAAUUUGUUGGAAGAGCCCGAGGAGGCCUAUAAAAAGUACGUGCAGACAGUAAAAGAGGAGGAAGGGAAUGAGGAUGAAGCUGAUGGGAAACAGUUUGAAGAACAAGGAACUACGGGCUCGAAAAGCUCAAAGAUAAACAAGAACUUGAAGAAGUUCAUUAUAAAGACAGUGAAGGAAAACAAGAAGAAAAAUAUCGCAGUGAAAGGCAAGAAAAAGGCUGUGAAGAUUAAGGUAAAGGUUUGGACUUUUGAAGAGUUCUUUAUGAGAAGGUAUAAAUCCUUAGCUGAGCAGUUGGAGUUUUGUGUGGCAACCUUGUACACUCAUUUGCCCACUCCCUACAUUCGCUUCGAAGUAGUGAAGAAGAUGAUUGGGGCACUUGAUUGCCUACAAUCUCUUGGAGACUUGUUGAGAAUUGCAGAGAGUAGUGGAGGACUUAGAGUUGGACUCAAGGGGGGUGGAUCUUCUUCUCGUGUUAUUUUGAAGAAAUCAGAAUGUGUUGUUCUACUAAACUCUCUUCGUACAUGCUUAAGACUACCAAAUUUUCGCGGAAAACAUGAAAUCCGGACUUUUUGCCUGCAAAAUGCACUCUUGGUUUUCUGCACUGCCUCAAGCUCAUCCAAACUGGACACCAUUCGAGCAAGUGAAGAUGGCCCGGGGCCAUUAGAGCUGUUAGUGAUUGAUGAAGCAGCACAGCUCAAAGAAUGUGAGUCCACUAUCCCAUUACAGCUAUCUGGUCUUCGCCAUGCUAUACUCAUUGGGGAUGAGAAGCAAUUGCCAGCGAUGGUUCAGAGCAAGCUUUGCGAGAAGGCUGACUUCGGGAGGAGCUUGUUUGAGAGGCUGGUUAAGUUGGGACGCAAGAAACACCUGCUUAACAUUCAAUACAGAAUGCAUCCCUCUAUCAGCUUCUUCCCCAACAGGAUGUUUUACCAGAAGAAGGUGAUGAAUGGGCCUAAUGUCACAAAGGAAGGAUACGAAAAGCGGUUUCUUAAAGGAGAAAUGUUUGGGCCUUUUUCCUUCAUUGACAUAAGAGGCGGAGGCGAAGACCGUGAUGACACUUGUAGUACUAAAAACAUGGCAGAGGUUUUUGCAGUUGCUGAAAUUGUCGCUAUGCUCUUCAGAGAGUGUCAAACCUCAAAACAAAGAGUUCGCAUUGGGUGCAUAUCGCCGUACAAGGCUCAGGUUUUUGCCAUCCAACAGAAGCUUGGGAAGAAGUACAGCACAGACGUUGAGAGCCACUUCUCUGUGAAUGUGAGAUCCGUAGAUGGCUUUCAAGGUGGAGAAGAAGACGUUAUCAUCAUCUCCACUGUACGGUCUAAUGGUAGCGGAUCAGUGGGCUUCUUGUCCAACUUCCAGCGCACUAAUGUGGCUCUCACGCGAGCAAGAUAUUGCCUUUGGGUAUUAGGGAAUAGUGCUACAUUGAUCAAUAGCGGUUCUGUUUGGAGGGACCUUGUUUUGGAUUCUCAGGCUCGGGGCUGCUACUAUGACGCCUGCACUGUCAAGAAUUUGGCAAGGGCAAUUGCAGAUGCAUCAUCUGAUGAUUUAACAAGAAAGUUUUCAUCAAUGAAUCUCAGCAAUAGUUAUAUUCCUGCAGGGUAAUCUUUUUCCUAAAUUUGAGGUUCAACAAAAAAAAAAAAUUCUUUUUAAUCUUGAGGCAGUCUGUGAGUGUUUCUUGAUCAAACGAUAUAUAACUAUGCCUUUCAGGAAUAGGAAGGUUUUCUAGAAUAACAAGGCCUGGUUUUC